CCUGAUUCCGUUCAGCUGUCUGGCCUCCAGCUGGGACACUCCUGUCUCUCCACAGCAGCCGGCGCCCUAACCACACCCCACUGUGAAAAUAGAAUCAGGAGUCAAAAGAUCUCAUUGUUGAUCAGUAUGAACACAUCGGAGAACUUGGAAUAUGAUUAUAAUGACUGUGAUGAGGGUCCCGGUCUGGAGAUGCCAGUUCUGUACUACAUCCUGUUUUGUAUAAGUGUACUAGGCAACACCACAAUUCUUUGGGUUCUCCUCCGGCACAUAAAGCUGAAAUCUGUGACGGACAUAUGCCUCUUCAACCUGGCCCUGUCCGACCUCAUACUGGCUGGAUCCCUGCCCCUCUGGGUCAACAAUUCUCAGAACCUUGCAUCAUGCAAACUCCUGACAGGAGUCUAUCAGGUGGGUUUCUACAGUGGGACUUUCUUUGUGACCCUAAUGAGUGUGGACCGCUACCUGGCCAUCGUCCACGCUGUUGCAGCCAUGCGAGCGCGGACACUUCCCUAUGGAAUCACAGCCAGCAUCAUUAUCUGGGUUAUAUCAGUCAUCAUGGCAAUCCCUGGGGUGGUAUUCGCCUCUUUGGAGAUAGAUGCAUUUGACAACAGCUCCCAGUGCCAGCCAGAGUACCCAGAUGAAAGUCAGCGGUUUUGGAAGAUGCUGCGAAACUUCAGCGAGAACACAGUGGGCCUUUUCGUGGGCCUCCCGAUCAUGAUUUUCUGCUAUGUGAAAAUCCUUGUUGUGCUGUCCAAGUCUAGGAACUCCAAAAAGAACAGAGCUGUUAAGCUGAUAUUCACCAUUGUGUGUGUGUUUGUAGUGUGCUGGGUCCCGUACAAUGUCACAGUAUUCCUUAAAACACUACAGCUGUUCCACGACGCCCUGAACACCUGCGAGGCUUCAAAAGGCAUCGACUCUGCCAUGGGCUUUGCUGAAAUCAUUGCACUGUCUCACUGCUGUGUGAAUCCAGUCAUCUAUGCAUUUGUAGGGGAGAAGUUCAGGAAGUCACUGCGCAAUGUGCUGCCUAGAUACUUCUGCGGGAGUCAGCAAAGCAGAGGGAAUUUCAGCCACAGAGACACCACAGACAAAGAAACUUCCAACACAGAUUAUUAAGAAUGAUAUGAGAUGUUUGUGUGUGUGUGUGUGUGUGUGUGUGUGUGGUGUUGUGCAUGUGGUUGGUGCUUCGAAGAGCUGAACAAGAACACGGGAUGCUGUUAUUUUGAAAGUGUAUAGAAUUUUCUGAAACAUUUAUAGAAAUCGUGUUAUUCAAAGUAUAUUUGUAACUUGUACAACUAUAUUGUUUUUGUAAAGUAAAGAAAUAAAACUAGCUUGAGAACAAAA